GAGUCAAUGGCUUCUAGCAUAAGCUGCAGCAGGCUGGGCGUGAAACUUGUAACGUAAGCUAUAACCGUUUAAAACGAACAAGCAAAGCGGUUACAAACACUCCCAUUUCUGCUCUCUCUCUCAAAGAAGCUCGCUUUCCCGCUACUUCCUGUUUCUCAAUCUCUCCGUAGCAAAUCCUCACCAAAUUGCGAUCAAAACUUUCCUCUUCUGAGAAAGAUCCGAAUUGAAGUUCCGUUUGCUUGUUGCUGCUAUAACUCUUCCUACAUUCUCUUGGGUCUUUACACAGUUUUCGUUGAAAGAGGGGGAGACGAUGAUGGUGAUGAAAGUUAAGGAGGAGGAGGAGGAAUUGUAUGAUGUAGAUUCUGCAGACCAAGUCAUAGAUGCUCCUCCUUGUUCAGUUUAUUUUGGAACUCGUGGCGCUGCUUUUCCUAGAUCAGUUUCUUUUCAAGGGAGGGCAACUGGACCAACUCGACGGUCAACUAAAGGACACUGGACGGAAGAAGAGGAUUAUAUUCUUACGGAAUCAGUUAGAAGGUUCCAUGGGAAGAAAUGGAGAAAAAUAGCUGAGUGUCUUCCCCAAAGGACGGUUUCUCAGUGCUUUACUCGCUGGAAUAGGGUUCUUAAUCCUGCAAUUGUCAAAGGAACUUGGACAAAAGAGGAGGAUGACUGUAUCAUAGAGUCAGUCAGAAGGUAUGGUCCAAGGAAAUGGUCUGUUAUGGCAAGGUCCUUGCCAGGUCGCCUAGGCAAGCAAUGCAGGGAAAGGUGGCACAACCACUUAGACCCGGCUAUAAGGAGAUCUUCAUGGACAGAAGAAGAGGAGUUGACUCUUACCUACUACCAUGAAAUAUAUGGGAACAAGUGGACAGAGAUAGCAAGGUUUCUGCCUGGAAGGUUAUCAUUUUGGCACUCAAAUUUCUUAACUGCAUUGACUGAUAAUGCAAUAAAAAAUCACUGGAAUUGCAUAGUGAAGAAGAAGUUGGAUUCAAAUUCCCCUGCUUAUGCAGAGGAUCUGUGUAAAGUUGGUUCUCUCAAUUUCUGCAGUUGUGCAAUGAAAACAGACAGCAAAGAGGUGAAGGAAGAAAGACAGAAUCCUGAUGAAUUAGUCUCUGUUCAUGGAAGGAUGGGGUUGAUGUGUAGUGGUGACAUGGGUACUGCAGAGUUGCUCUGUGGACUCGCUAAUGGAGGACAAAACCAACUAGAAGCAAAAUAUGGUAUGGUAGGAACUUCUGAUUCUUCAGUUGAGAUAGAUGAACUGAUGAAUGGAAUACAUUUUGAUGACAGAGGUGCAAAUGGUUGUGGUGCAAUGAUCGGAUGUAGAAGAAACAAGAGCAGUGCCCUUGAGGCUGUUCUUCCCUUCCCCCUCAAUUCAGCCAAAUCCCCUAACAGGCUUAGUGGUCAUGAAUUAGGUGUUUUGCAUUCAGAAUUCGGCAAUGAAACUGAAAAUUCAUAUUCAUUUACUUCUGCAACUGGAGGAGACAGGAGUGUAAUUGAAAAGGAAAGCAAAUUUCACAAAAUGAAUAUGCAUAUACAACCAGUGGACAGAAACCAGCGCUGUAUCCAUCACGAGUCAGCCCAGCCAAAGGACUUGGUUACUAACUUAGAUGGUGCUGAUCCUUCUAUUGGACAUCAUCAUGUUUUGCAUGCAAAUAGUCCAUUUUCUUGUUCUACUCCUAGAAACUGUGCUCGAUAUACCUGUCAGUGGUAAUAGUCCUGAAUCUAUAUUGAGGAAUUCAGCAAGGACAUUUAAAAAUACUCCUUCUAUUAUAAGAAAGAGGGCUUACAAAGAGGGUGGUCUCAAUAACUCUUCUGAUGUCACCUGUACACCAUCAUGGAAGAUCUCAUGUACAAAUGCUACUAGUGAAGAUAUCAAUAAUGCAGAUAUUCUAAAUGGGAAGCAGGGUUUUCUUUCUUUCUUUCAUAAGCCUGGUUCUUCUCUCGCUGUCAAAUCUCUAAGAAGACAACUGGACUAUGCAUUUGAUAUGGAGAGGGAUGCGGCUGCUGGUAAAUGUGGCAACUCAGUUCCUGCAAGUGCUGCUCCAAAUAUCGAACUUUUUGCAAACGCAAUGGUAAAUACCUUGAGGUGAUUAAAGAAAUUAAGUGGUUGAGUUUGUCAAUAUCUUCUCCUGUGUUUCAUGGAUCAAAUUCAGACAAAAGUAAGCCUCUGUAUUUUUGUGUUUUAAUUACCCUGAGGACUCGCAUAAUUGCUAGAUUAGACUUUUUCAAUGAAAUUUUCUAAAGAAAUAAGAGCUUUUCAUGUC